CUCAUGGGCUCCGGGUGGUUGUGCGUUUCUGAUAGACCCCUGUGUUUAGGGGAAUCGAUUGCAGGUAAUGAGGAUUCCAGGGUCUGAAGAUGCUCCAGGGAUCUAACGGACGGAUGACACUCUACCUCACCUUCCCUGUGGCUAUGUUCUGGAUCGCCAAUCAGGCCGAAUGGUUUGAAGAGUAUGUCAUACAGCGUAAGAGGGAGCUGUGGCCACCUGAGAGGGAAGACCAGCGCCAGGAGCUAGAAGAAUUCAAAGAGAAGAUACGGAAGCAGCGGGAGGAGAAGCUCCUUCGUGCUGCCCAGCAGAGGUCCUGAAUCCUAGCCCGUCCAUCCAAGAAAAUACACAUACACGGUUUCUUGUUUCUUG